UUUGAUUGCAUGGAAUACCAAUCCACAAGUCCACAUGUCUUCAAAUUUGCCAGUUGCCUAGUAAACAACCACAACUACCUCCUUCCUUCCUUUCUAUGACUUCCGUCGUCCCCACCACCUGCUUGCUUCAUAUAGCCAUCUUCAUAUCUUCUUCUUAUUAUUAUUAGCACAAAACCCUAACUACUCUUCACCACCAAAAUGGCCACAAAUCUUCGAAAAUUCAACCGAUUCGGUUCCAUCCUCACCAACCACUCCAAUUCUCUCCGGCGAUUCUCGUCUCCGGCGGCAUCUUCCGGCGUAUUAGCUUCCGCCGACGGUCAGCUGCUGCAAUCGUCGAAAUCUAUUAACCUUUAUACUGCAAUUAAUCAAGCACUUCAUAUUGCUUUGGAUUCUGAUCCUCGGUCUUAUAUAUUUGGGGAAGAUGUGGGAUUUGGUGGUGUGUUUCGUUGUACGACCGGAUUAGCUGAUCAGUUUGGUAAACAUAGGGUUUUCAAUACCCCUCUUUGUGAACAGGGUAUUGUUGGAUUUGCUAUUGGUCUUGCAGCAAUGGGGAAUCGCGCUAUAGCGGAAAUUCAAUUUGCAGAUUACAUUUUUCCUGCUUUUGAUCAGAUUGUCAAUGAAGCUGCUAAAUUCAGAUAUCGAAGUGGUAACGAAUUUAACUGUGGAGGUUUAACAAUAAGAGCACCGUAUGGGGCUGUGGGUCACGGAGCACUUUAUCAUUCACAAUCUCCUGAAGCAUUUUUCUGCCAUGUUCCUGGUCUUAAGGUGGUUAUACCUCGAAGUCCAAAAGAAGCGAAAGGAUUGUUGCUGGCCAGUAUCCGUGACCCAAAUCCUGUUGUGUUUUUUGAACCAAAGGGGCUAUAUCGUUUAGCUGUAGAAGAGGUCCCCGAAGGGGAUUACACAUUGCCUCUAUCUGAGGCAGAGGUUAUACGUGAAGGUAGUGACAUAACUCUUGUUGGCUGGGGAGCUCAGCUCACUACCAUGGAACAAGCUUGUGUCGAUGCUGAAAAGGAAGGAAUUUCAUGUGAACUUAUAGAUCUAAAAACCUUAUUACCUUGGGAUAAAGAGACAGUAGAAGCCUCAGUGAGGAAAACAGGAAGGCUGCUGAUUAGUCAUGAGGCUCCGGUUACAGGUGGAUUUGGUGCUGAGAUAUCUGCAUCGAUCGUUGAACGUUGUUUCUUGAGACUGGAAGCACCGGUGGCUAGAGUUUGCGGUUUGGACACUCCAUUCCCUCAUGUUUUUGAGCCAUUUUACAUGCCUACAAAGAACAAGAUACUUGAUGCAAUCAAAGAGACAGUCAAUUUCUAAACAUUGAAGAGCUAUUGGCACAUAACAGAAUGUUGUAAUAUUUGUACUUUUCACUAUGUAACUUUUUAAGAGUUCAUAAUGGGCUUAAUUAACAAAAAAAAAAAAAAAAAAAAAA